CCCCUUCUCAUAACAACAAGAAAGAGAUAUGACUCAUUCUUUAUUCAAAUUUGUUGUUUUUGCCAUGUUGUUGUUCCCUUCUUGCGUAUUAGGAGUUGAUCUUGAAAAAGCAAGUAAAAACGCCGUUGGUGCUAUUGAAAACCAAAUUCAAAGCACCAUUUCCACCGCAGAUGAAGGACAUGCUUGUAAGCAAUUUAUAGAUUGUAAUGACUACGUCUGCCCGCCAUGGUUGUAUGCAAUUUGUUGGCAUGGAAAGUGCACAUGCCAUAGAUAGAUAAAUAAACAAAAAGAUUAUAAGAUUCAUAAUAUAGUGUUGGUUGU